AUGACUGAUCCAUAUCCCCAAGCCGAGGGCGCCCCAGAACCAGCUAAGCCUAACAUCGAUGUUUUCGUCACAGGAUUCGGCAUGGAUGGCAGAGAAGAAGACGUCAGGAAGAUUUUCGAAGAAUUUGGUCCGAUUGAACAAAUUACAAUUCGCAAAAAACCAAUGAACCCACAAGCACCUCCAUAUGCUUUUAUCAAGUUUGUAGAAUUGAAAGAUGCCGAAGCAUCAUUAGUCAAGAACAACACACACUAUGGAUCAAAUGUUCUUAAAGUUGAAUUUGCCAAACGCGACAGAGGAUACUCAAAAGAAGAAGCACUUCCACCACCACGCAGACAGAGAUAUCAGGAUCGCAACCACGGCUUCGAUCGUGAUCGCGAACGCAGAUACGACGACCGCAGCAGAUACAACGAACGCCCACGAUACGACAAUCAAAGGUAUGAUGACAGAGACCGCGACAGAUACAGCGAACGUGACAGAUAUGAUGAUCGUGAAAGAUACAGCGAAAGAGAAAGAUACGACGAUCGCGACAGGUAUGCUUCACGUCCAAGGUAUGACGAUCGCGAUAGAGGAUUGCCAAGAAGCAAAUACGAUGAGCCUCGCCGUGAUUACGAAGACAGAUCUCCAGUUCAAAGCCGCCGCUACGAUAUGAUACCACCACCAUCACCACCUUACGAAUCAUACGAUGACAGAAGAAGAUCAGACCCGUAUUACGAUCGCCGUGACUAUGGAGAACGUCGUGAAAAAUAUUGA